AGCAGCAAGGAGACAGAGAUGGCUUCCUACUUCAGAGGUACAUUGUGGAUGAUAUUUAUCCUUUCCAUGCUUCCGCUCCUUACCUGCGACAUGUCUUGCAACAGUAGCUGCCUGUGCAACUCUAAUGGUGUUGUCAAAUGCGACGGUUACAUCAUAACAGAUAUACCAAAAGAGCUGCCACGCCACACGUACACGCUGCUGCUAAAUGAUACAAACAUGAAUAUAAUAAAUGAGCAGAGUCUGUCUGACCGGGAACUCCUUCUCCGUUUCAGUCUGACUCACAGCCACCUGCAUACAAUCCAUCCUCUGGCCUUCCACGUCGCUCCUCAGCUCAAGUCUGUCAAGCUGUCGUUCAAUGAUCUAUCCACCCUUCCUGCUCGAGUGUUCAGCCCUCUUACCGCUCUGGAGGAGAUUUACUUAGAUGGGAACAAGUUGGAGACUUUAGCUCCUGAUAUGUUUGAGGGGCUUGAAGGGUUGUUGGUUCUGGACCUGACCCGCAACAAACUCACCAAUCCUGCCUCAGACAUUUUUGAUGGACUGACCAACCUCACUAUUCUGAACCUGGGCAGGAACUACAUAAAAAAACUUUCACCAACCACCUUUCACUCACUGACAAAACUUCGCCUGCUCAGGAUCUAUAACAAUGAGCUGGAGGAGCUGGAGGAGGGGAUCUUUGACACACUUGUAAACCUUGAAGAGCUAAAUCUCCAUCAAAACCAGAUUAAAAGCCUUCCUACUCAAGUGUUCUGGUCACUGGAGAACCUGAAGAACCUGACCCUGUCCUCCAAUCAACUCCAGGCUCUCCCUCAAAAAACCUUCUACAACAUGCCGAAGCUGAGCAAACUCACCAUUUACAAAAAUCCCCUAUUAUCUCUACCAGACGAGCUGAUGGGUCACAUGCCUGACAUCACAGAGUUUUAUCUGUUUUCCACCAACCUCGUCACUGUUCCUGGAAAUGUGUUUGCAAAUAUGUCAGGGCUGCUGCUUCUUAACUUACACUUAAAUGACAAGCUGAAGGAGCUGCCACUAGACCUUUUCUGCUGUCUUCCUAACCUUCAGAAGCUCUCGCUAAGAAACAACAAUAUUGAACUUCUUCAGCCAAAGAUUUUCUCCUCACUAACCACACUGCGCAUACUUCUCCUCAAUGACAACAAGCUGAAGAACCUGCCUGAAGACAUCUUUGAGAACCUUACUGGGAUUGUGGCCAUCGAUUUAAGGAACAAUAACCUCAUGACUCUUCCAGGAGAUAUUUUCCUGUCAAAUACACAUUUGAAGGAUCUUACUCUGAGUGAGAACCCCUGGGACUGUACUUGUGGAAUCAGAGAUAUUGCAAGAUGGAUAAGAUAUAAUGAGCAGGUAGUCCUCGACAGAGAUAAUGUAGAAUGUCACAGUCCGGUCUACCAGCUGCUCCGUAGAGUUGGAUCUCUGAGUGAUGAGGAUUUCAACUACUGCAAUGCAAAAACAUUCAAAACUUCCUUUGCAACACAAACCAACCUCCCUGAGCCAACACAAACAUUGCAUGUCACUUCAACCUCUCCACCUGUAGCAUCUACCACCUUCGAUCCCACAACACUCGCAGCCGUGCUUCACACUGAAUCCACCACUCAGCCUGAUGAAACACACCCUACUUCACUUCCUUUUCAUGAUAUACUGGUGCUCGAACAUGGGCCAGAGUACGUUCAUCACAGCCAUCACAAAGGUUGGGUGUAUGUGUGGUUUUUACCCUCCAAUACAGCUUUGAUCGGGGUCUUCAUGUUUGGUUACAUCCUUCUUUUGGCCACAGGUUUCUUGCUCAUUCUUGCUGCCAUAUUUGGCAUGUACCGCCUCAGUGUGAGCAUGGAUAAGUUGAAGACUGAGUGUGCACAAACUGAGGAGUAACACACUGCGUUAUCGGGCCUGUUGCACACAGGAAGAUAGCAAAUAUUAACAAUAACAAGUGUGCUUUUCCAGAGACUCCAAAUUUUCUUGAUUAAGGUCAUGUUUUAUCUUCAAAAUUUUCUUCAGCAAACUUGGAAUCACAAUAGAUCUAAAAUAGGUCUGAAUUACAUUCAUAUAAGUAAAUACAGAGACUGCACUUGCUAGUAUUUGCUUAUAUGUAGAUAUAAUUGAACUGUAAUAAUUAAAGAAAAUUAAAGAGAAUGCAUUAAGUUAUCUAAGUUUUAAUAGCUUUCAUUACUUAGAAACAUCUCAGGAUUUGGGCAGUAAAAUCAGGUUCAACAUAUCACUGUAAGCUAUGAUGUUUUACAUGUUUUAUAUUUAUUGAUUCACAAAACAAACCUAUUAAUCAGUUAAAUAAAUGGCAAACUAACUAGAUUUUAAAUUAUUUAAAAUGUUUAAUUUUUUUUCUCAUUGCACGUGUGAGACUUACCUAGGCGUAGGUAUGAAUUACAUGUACAUUUUUAUGUUUUAUUUAAGAAUUGUUCAACAUGUAUUUGUGAAAAGCUUCAGAAACCAUAUGAAAGCCAUUGUAGAGUGGAUAUUUGUUUAUGUUUAGAUGCAGAGGCAGAUAUAGAGCUUUUGGGACCCAGGGCAAGUCCAGCCAUAGGGUCCUCCACUUUCCUUAGAUUUUAGCACUUUUUAGUCCUUAUUUAUCUAAUAAAUAAGGACUAAAUAUGGUUCAUUAUUAUAAUUAAUCAAACAAACAAACAAAAAACAAAAAAACAAACAAACAAACAAAAAAAACCCAGCAGUCUGUCUAUGGGUCCUUUUGCUUUUAGCUGUGAUAUCUAUAGUUUCUGUGACAGUUUGUGCCAGGUAUCCAUGUGAAUAAUGUUUGUAGCAACUUUUAAUUUAAUCUGUGAUAAACCAAGCGAGGGAGAAUGAACCCAAGUUCAUUGCUAUGACAAGUGGUGAUUAGGCCUCUCCAGUAUGCUGAGAUGAGACGAGGAAAUUGCUCAGCAUUUAAGUAUUUGUGGUCAGUUUUCCUUGUAAAGAAUUUGCAUGUAGAAAGAAAAGAAAAAAAACUAUCCUUUAAACUUCUUUUAAAGCUAAGCAAUCAAAAAACAAAACCAUUUUAGUGUUGAAGAAAAUCAUUAUCACAAAAUUUAAUCAGGAAUGUUAAAGUUUUUCCUCCACAGCUCUUCAUUGUGAAGUAUUCCUUGAUGAUACUGGAUGGUCUGGUCUUCAACCAGUCCUAUGGCUGUUUGACUGUGGUACUGGUGUCCAUUCAGUAUAGAUAGUAUAGUUUUGAACAGUGUGCCAGCUGAUGAAUUUUUUUUUAAGUCUUAUAUUGUGAUCAUGUAACUAUUGAGUUAGAUUAAUCAAAAUCUUUAUAAUUUCAUGUAAAAACCACCUGUUAACUCCAGCCUUCUUGUCUGUUUUGCUGUUUUAUUGAAAAUUAAA